UCGAAUGUAGAGCAAGUGCAACAGUUUUGACAUGACUUUAUACUAGGCAUGGGCUGGUAUAUGAUUCUGACAGUAUGAUAACCUUGCAUAAACAUAUAAAAAAAUAUGUAAAAUAUAUUCUUUUUAAAUAUCUGGGUAAAAACAAAAAACAAAAUUUCCCCUUUUGAACACAAUAUAUUUUAUUUUGAGCAACAUUUAAAGUAUUUUGGAGCAGUAAACAUGUCAGGCUAAAUAAUUCAAACAAAACAUUGACUUCUGCUGUCUUCAUUAGCUUCAAAAACACUGAUUGCUUUACAUUUGAAAAUGGCAUCUUUGGAUAUCUUUUCUGCUGGAGAUACUGUUGUCAUAAAAAAAAAAUAUAUAUAUAUAUAUAUUUAUAUAUCAUAAGAAUAAUAUAGCAGAAAAUUUUGCCGGUUUUAAAACCUUUACUUUUCCAAACCAUGGUAUACCUUGAAAUCAAUGCCUACUUUAUACUCCUGUAAGAUGUUUUUUCCAGGACAAUGAACAACAAUCUAAAAGUCUCGUGUUUCAGUUUUUUUCACAGAAUUACUGAUGCCUUCUGUAAUUGUUGCUGCCAUUGCAAUGGGGAUUGAGAUCUGUAAAGAAGAAAAACAGCAUUUGUCUAAUAUAGUGCGUUAUUCUGGUGAUCCACUCCGGAUACUUUUAGUUGGAAAAACAGGUGUGGGAAAGAGCGCAACAGGCAACACCAUCAUUGGACAAGACGUUUUUAAGUCAGAGAUUUCAUCUUCCUCUGUGACUGGACAUUGUGAAAAGUUUCACACAGUUAUUAACGGCAGAAAAGUGUCCGUCAUUGACUCUCCGGGUCUGUUUGACACCAGCUUACCUGUGCAUGAAGUGGUCAACAGAAUUAAACUCUGCAUUCCUCUCUCAGCUCCAGGUCCACAUGUGUUUUUAGUUGUGAUUCAGCUUGGCAGAUUCACUGAUGAAGAAGAAGAAGCUGUGAAAAUCAUCCAAGCAGCCUUUGGUGAGGAAUCCUCCAUAUACACCAUGGCUCUGUUCACUCACGGAGAUCGAUUGGAAGGGAAAAACAUUCACACGUUUGUGCGGGACAGUCCAAAACUGCUCAGCUUCAUCAGAACCUGCGAUGGACGAUAUCAUGUGUUUAAUAAUAAAGAGGAAAAUCCAGAGCAAGUUAUUCAGCUGCUUGAGCAGAUUGAUAAAAUGGUGACUGGAAAUGGUGGUCAACACUACACCAGUGAGAUGCUGGAGAGAGCAGAAAGAGCAAAUGAAGAAGAAAGACGACGUAUCCUGAAGGAGAAGCAGGAGCAGAAACAGAAGGAGAUCGCAGCUCUGAGGGAACAACUUGAAGAUGAGGCUUAUGAAAAAGCAAUGAAAAGGUUAAACAAUAAAUAUAGCUAACAACAGACAAGAUAACAAGCUUUCCUUUUUAUUGUUGUAAGGCACUAAGCAAUUUUUUCUGGUGACCAAAAAAUAAAAACUUGCGAUGUUUGGC